ACAUUCCGAUGUUAAAUGGAGGUUUGAUAAAAAUUCGCAUUUGUGACUCAGCUCACACUGAUGAACUUGCAAGAAGAAGGUCAGUGUAUGUGGAAAAGGUUUUCCAUGUAUACAAAGAGAUUACUGACUUGAAAAGCACAUUUCCAUGAUAUUGUAGCCCCUGGAGCAUUGAUACCUUGAUACCUUGAAGAGAUCAUGAGGUAGAUAAACUUCUCAAGGCUUCAGAGAGCAGAGAAAUCACACCAUGGGUCAAGAAGUGCCACUCCUCAACGAAUAUAAGCGGGAUUUCUUCUGGAAGAGGUUCCCGCAGACCCUGCUAGGGGGUCCUAAGCUCAAGCUUGGCUUCUCUGCACCAGCCUAUGUCUACAUCAACCAACUCACACUCUUUCUCCUGCCAUGGCUCCUGGGAGGUUUGUUCACCAUUGUGGUGGAGCUAGAUGUCCUACAGGCCUACAUCGCUUACUACGUCUACGGGGCAUGCAUGGUGAUGUACGUCCUUGCAGCACAACUGAUAAGUCUGAUCAUCCAGCGUAGGGCGGACACAGUGGCAGCUUUUCAGGCCACGAACGUCCUUGCAGAGGAAGAUGAAGUCGAAUUUGACUCCUGCUGUGGCUACGAGACUUUCCAAUACGUUGUGCCCUUGAAGCGCUGGAAGAUCAACAUACUCCUGCAUGGGUUGGUAUCAGGGUUAAUGGGUGGACUUGGAUUCUGGUAUCUCCUGCCUUCAGUUCUGAAUCCCCUCUUCAAUAAUAUCGGAGCCACUGUCAUGAUUUACACGUUUGGAUGGUUAACACUUUGUAUAGCACAGUAUCCUCUAAGCACAGGAUCACCUCCAGAACCUGCAUCCUUCAGAGCUAUAGAUAAUCUAGAAUUGCUGCCCUUGUUGAGACCCUGCUAUGUCCUCAUCUGCCUUUUGGUUCAUCUUGCUUGGACCUUCAGCCCAUCCUCACUCCUCUUGACCAACCAAAUUCUGCAUGUAGUCUUCAUCUUUCUGCCUGUCCUGUGGUGUCUGGGUAUCCUGCCUCCUCUUGAUGCUCUGGUCCUGUGGCUCAUGGAACAAACCCUGGUCCAUUUCCUAGGAGGAUCACCCAUGGCUGGAGACCUCAGGUCCUUCCUCAUGUUCGUGACCUCUGUCAUCAUUGCUGUAAUCGCCUACUUCCUCCCAACUUCCCUGGCUAUCAUUGUAUUCUCAGCAUGCUUCGGCUACAUCCUAUCCCUCGACCUCAGCAUCCUGGCUAAUCAGGUAAUAGCUUUCAUCAAGCAAUGUGUCAAGAAACCAACCAAUCACAGCCCAUCACACAAGAAGAAAUCUAGUCCCGAUCCAGCUGCAGAUGAAACUGACGACAAGUUGAAAGCUAUGGGAUUGGGAUGGAUGUUUGGAUGGCGAGAACUCCUCAUCAAUACAUGCAUGGUGUUGGUUGUUGGAGCUAUUUCAGGAGUCUGCACACACUUUAGCUCCUCUGCACCUUCAUCAGUUGUCAGAGGUCUUGGCUAUGCUAUCAUAGGGUUGAUGGUGAUUGUGAAGAUCUUGGGCGAAUGCCAGAAAGUUUUUGUCUUUUGGGGAUUGCUCAGAAACAAACUUUACCCAGACUCUAUCAGCAGCACACAGAAAUACAGCAAGAGGAAAAGGCAGCUUCACAGACUUGGUUUUAUAAAGAGAUUCUUACUUGAUUUAGUUUGCCCUUUUGUCAUGGAAGCAUACCUGGGACUGAUAGUGGCCUAUGCUGGGCUUACAUUGCCAUCUUUCUGGUUUGCAGUGGGAGCCGUCUACUCCUUUCGCAGGAUAUGGCAGCAUACAAGCAGCUCUUUACUAGAUGUGUCCAUCCUCCAUAUUCUGCUUGAGCUGAGUGUGUAUGGCUCAACAACAUAUGUUUCCUGGUGGCCCACCGACUAUGGUCUCCAGCUGAUCUUCAUAGGUCUCUUACACUCCUGGAUCAGUCAGAGCCUGCACAAGGUCUACUGCUACCUGACCAUCCUCAUCACAUCCUAUACCAUCGAGAAGCAACGAAGGAAGUCAUCCCUCCCACUCAUCAUCAUCUCAAUCCUCCUCUUCCCAAUCGUCAUAGCAACCAUCAUGGCAUCCAGUAUGCUGUCAGCCCCUAUAUUGCCUCUUUUCACUCUGCCAAUCAUGCUCAUCGGGUUCCCACGACCCCUCAGGUUAUGGCCUGGAGCAGUUGGUGCAGCGGCCAAUGUCUGUGCAGACACUGUGUACUACAAGCAGCUGGAAAAAAGCCUGAGAGGAGUAAUUAGGAGAGCGGUGGCUGCAGGGAGCUUGGGUGAGCUCCGUCCAGGAUCAUUCCUUCUACUUCGAUUCCAGGAUCGCAUGGCAUGGCUCCAGGUCCUAGAGUGUGGCUAUGGCUUUAUUACAAUCAGCCUGAAGGGAAUGGAACUGCAAGAAACCUCCUGCCACACUGUGGAGGCAGCUCGGCUGGACGACAUCUUUGAGGCAGCCUUCACUCAUCCAAAGGAGAAGUUCCCAGUUUGUUCCCUCAACCAGUUCCCUAUGCACACCUUGACUCCGGUGGAUGCUCAGCCAGUAGACACUUACUCGGAUGCCAGAAACGUUUUGACCGGCAUCAUAGAUUCCCCGGAUACUUUAGAGUUGGUUGAUUCUUGUUUCAUCAAGACACUUGUGUGGCUUUUGAUGAGACACAAUUGUGCCAAAAGAAAAGACCUGCCCACUCCUUCAUCAACCAAUUCAGGAUCAAACAUUGGUAAUUUCAAGGAAAGUGGGAGUGUGAGCAGUAGAACGAGACUUGUACAAACGAAGAGGGUUGUCAGUGUCAGUGAAGACAGUGGACGAGCUGAGUCGAUAGAGUCCAAACCUAUGAGUAGUCAGGUCAAGAAGCAACAGCAGCCUAAGAGAAAGUCUUUGGUAGGUUCUUGGCAUAGCCUAGACAGCUGGGAUGAUGAUCCUCUAGAGCUAGACGUAAUGAACAGCAAACCCAAGUUGAAUUCCAGUGCAAAGAAGAAUGAAGGCCAGGUACUCAAAGAACCUGCUGGCCUUCCAGGUGCAAUCUCAGAUAUUUCUGAUGAUGAAGUAGAUGAUAUUUUGAAUGAAUUUGAAUUUGGUUUACCCGCAGUGGACAUCCAUGCUCCUAAGAAGACGGCAGCUGCAACAAAGAAUAUUCCAUUCACCCAAAGAACCAUCAAUCUAAACGCCUCUGCCCAGUUUUCAUCUCCUCACUCGUCAAAGUUAAGCUUACCCCUCAAAUGGCGGGAGAUCCCCAUAGACCAGAAUCUCCUCGCCCCUCUCCUGCAGAAGUUCCCUCUGGACUGGUACAAGCAUGUCAUCGCUCAACUUGGUAUUGAGUCCAGCAAGUCCCCAGAGGACAUUGCAGCCGAGAUAGGCUCGGAUGAAGCCCUGACUACCAUGUAUGCCAACCUGGUCAUGGCGUGCUAUGGCAUUGUCAACGUCUUUGGACUAGACGGUAUGUCUGCUGUAGGAGCUGGAGCUAGUCAUGUCUACAAGGUGUAUUCAGGCGAUAUCCCAUGGUCCAUGAACCAGGAAUGGCUGACAUCAGAUGAGGAGCUCCACGUUAUUGUGUUGCAGGCCUACAGGUUUGCUUUCAAGCUCGCAUACGACCAGACCGUACUUGGUGAGGCAUCGGACCUGGAUGAGAUAGUAGAAUACCUUCAGGAGUACGAGAGUGAUUGGUACAUGGGAAGGGAUACUGAUGUAGCAUGGUCUGAAGCAGUCGAGAGCAAUAAACCAAGACUCUUCUCGCUCAUCUAUGAUACCAACGAAAACACCUACAAUGGACGCGUCCUCUCCAGGCAACCUGUGGUGGUACACAUUGGACAGCUCAACUCUGAGAUGGUUCGCUCCCUGUGGUCCUCGCUCUCCCUAGAACUCUUCUACUUCACCAACGAUGAUGAGGAGAGAUACAGCAUCCAGGCUCAUCCAGUUAUUCUCAGAAACUUGACAGUCCAGGCAGCUGAUCCUCCCCUGGGCUAUCCGAUCUAUGCCUCCAAGCCUAUCUCUAUUCCUACGUGGUAGGUCCUUCAGAACCUUCUAGGGUUCUUCUACUUCCCCAACUAUGAUGAGGAGAGAUACAGCAUCCAGGCUCAACUAGUUAUUCUCAGAAACCUGACAGUCCAGGCACUGAGGUGAUCCUCCAAGCCUAUCUCUAUUCCU